CUGCCUUCAUCUGUCGUCUGGAUCCUCUGUUCGAGGUCCAGUUAGUAAAUCGUCUCGUUAUAACUGACAAAUUUGGUAUCAUCGUAGCUUCUGAAUUAUACAUCGAUGGCUUCCAUGGAUCACAUAUUACCACCCAACUUACAGUGCCCAAUAUGUUUGGAACUUCUUGAUGAUCCUAAACAGUUAUCUUGUGAGCACACAUUUUGUAAGAGAUGUGUUCAUGAUUUGUUGGCAUGCUCUUCACGGAGUGUUGAAAAUUGCCUAAAAUGCCCAGUUUGUCAGAGCACGACGGAUGUCGGUGGUGGUAUUAUAGGAAAUCUCAACACAAAUGUUCCUCUCAAGUGUCUCCUAGAAGAGUACAGAAGUAAGAAGGGCCUUUGUGAAAUGUGCGACAAAAAAGCAAAAGCCAAGCUCUAUUGCCGUGACUGCGAAAAGGAGAUGUGUAGAGCUUGCCUAAAAAUCCAUAACAAGUGGUCGCCUAACCUCAAGCAUGAAGUUAUUUCCUUAAAGGAGAUCAGAAAAGGGGUGAUGGUCUUCAACGAAAAGGUGUACUGUCAGGAACAUAAGUCUGAUGGGAAAGAUCAUGUCUGUACCGAUGUCUGUAAUACUUGCAACAAAUUUAUUUGUCUGAGAUGUCGAAUGCUGUUUCAUGAAAAGAAAGGUCAUUCCGUCUUUGACGCUGAAGAGUACAAGAGUUCUAUCCGAAAAGAAAUUGAAUAUCUCGUUGACCAAGGAAAAAUGAAAAGUAAGACUCUCAACAAUCAUGUUGCCUAUGUUAUGAGUCAAAUGGACCGUGUUAUCGAUCACACUGACAGCAUACAGGCUCAAAUAAACAAGGAUUAUAAUGACAUGUGCAAGAGACUAAAGGAGCGAAAACGGGCACUAGAUUGGCAGUUGUAUGUUCAGAAGAAGGAACUCUGCCAGAGACUAGAGGAAAUGAAAGACACCAGUGUAAAAAUGGUCGUGAAUAUCGAGAAGGCGAGUGAACUGGCUGGCUACAGUUUAAAUGCACCACUUAGAGGGAUCACCAUUACCAUCCAUGAAACACUUUCAAGUGAAUUAAAGACAGUCCUCGAUACGGAUAACCCAGAACAGAAGUUUUCUCGUGACAUAGCUGAACGGGCUGAGGAAAUAAUGUUUGACCAAAAGAGUCAGUGCGAUCAGCUAGAGAUAGGGGAUAUCUUAUUCGUGAAAUGUAGGCUGAAAUGUGACGUAGGUCUCACAGAGGAGAACACUAUCAAUACGAUGGCUGCUACCUCUGAUGGUAUGAUGGCAGUAGGAUACAGUACAGGGGGAAUCGACGUCUUCAAUGCUGAUGGCCAACUGCAGACAACAGUACUCAAAGACGUUAAUAUCCUAGGGGUAGGAUUCCUUUCUGAUGGUCGGCGUGUUGUACUAUCCACCAGUAAUAUCAUGACAUUGUACACAUCAGAAUGGGAGAUACAGAGCACACGGUUUCAGACUCUAGCUCUUGAUGAAGCAGGAAUCGCUGACCUCACCAUUGGCGAUGAAAAUCAGAUCUACAUCAGCUACAGGACAGCUAAGCAGAUCCAGGAAUUCACACCAGCUGGUGGAAAUGCCAUAAGAGUGAUAUCAUGUCAAGGGUACGAACCUGGGCAGAUCUGCAGCUUUGGGAAUGGGUUCAUAAUAAAAUCUAGCAGUAGUUCUUCCUGUACGGUGAGUGUCGUCGACUGUCAAGGUGUAAUAGAACACAAUGUAUCAGUCGAGAACGGUGCUUUCUGCCAUUCUGCAGUAUGUCGCGAAAGGUCUAUCCUCAUCUGUUCAUUCCAGGCUGAUGAGGGGAUACUCACUGUCAAGGAUCACAAUGACGAGUUGGCUCCAGUUAAGACACUCGUUCGUCACAGGAUUGUGAAACCUGAAAGGCACUGGUUUUACCUUCAACAGUUCCGAUCUGGGGAGAUCGCCUUCUGUACGACAGAGAAGAUUUACAUCUUCGAAUAGUUAAGUCAACCCCCCAAAAAAAUUGAUGGGUGUUUUGAGCCUUCCCUUUAGGCGUAACAGUCUCCACUGAACUUGUUUCUACAAUGCAUGUUGAAAAAUAUACUGUAAAUAUCAAUUAUCCGCCAAAUGCUAUCAAAUGAACCUCUAUAUAGUAAUUGUCGAUAGGCUACUUUUAUUUUGCCUUGUCCAUCGAUGUCUUCAUCCUACAUCAGGGCCCCGUCUUACUAAGAGUUGCGAUUGAUCCAAUCAAUCACAACUAUGGACGGUUAGCAACGUCAACAUCUAUUAUGUAUGUUUGUUCAAAAUAUUUUCUAACUAUGAUGUAUAUUCAUGCAUUCAUUGUUUUCUUGAAAAUUCACUAUGCUUCUUUUUGUUUACAAAGGAUAUCGUGCAAAUUUUCUGUAGAAAAAAUUAUGACACUGAUGGAUUUCCAUAGAGUUACGAUUGAUUGGAUCAAUCGUAACUCAUAGUAAGACGGAGCCCAGGCAGGAAUUUUCAGAGGUUUUGUCUGUGUCUUUCCUUCUACAAUACUUCUCAAUACUAUAAGUUAAAGACCUAGUAAGUGACAUCUACAUAAUUAUGAUUAUGCACAUGAUCAACACUGGCUCUUUCAAUAUCGGCAUUUUGCAGGGGGGGGGGGGGGGUUCUGUUACCUCACUUUUAUUUGCGUUCACAAUUAACAUGGCAAUCGGUGUAUUCUGCCAUACCUUUGCCAUGUAUAGGAUCAAUUAGUAUUUGCUAGUGGUAUAUUUAGAUGUGUGUAACGACAAUGUCAAACAUUGCUUUGUAUAUAAAAGUUUAUACGAUUUUUGUACUGUUUCGUGAUAAUUCAUUUUAUAUUAUUACAUUCAUUAUAAAGGCAGUAUUUUUUAUAGAAAUUCAAUAUUAGUUGUACAUUUGCAUAUGGAUUGCCAAAUUCAAAAGGGAAAUAAAGUAUGACUACAAAUUAGGCGUGUGUGCCUAGGUCCAUUAUGUUUAACGCAGCAAGCAAACACGCGCUUAUAGCGAUUUUGAUCAAGUAAAACAUACUGAUAUAUGCGAUAUUUUAGUCUUGUUAAUAUAGAUCCUGCCUCAUGCUCGCAGGGUAUGGUUGAAAAUUUCAGGAUAUAAUCUCUGUCGCUUGUAAUAUCAAAAUACAGAAUGUGUAAAUUAAGUGCUAUAUACGAAUGUUACGAAUGCAGAAGAAAACAAUAAAUCAAAUUAAAUCAAUUGAUAUUAUUCUUAAUCCAGAAUUGGACGUUGUAGUAUUUAAAACCGAUCAUAAAUAAUUCAAAACAGGCCUACAUCAUUUCGAGCGUACUCCGCUCUUCGUAUUACAUGAACCAUAAUAUAUUCAAUUUAUUCAUUUAUUAAUUCAUUAUUAAUUUUACGCUUGGUUAAAAUUGACACGCCUACGUGUAUUCUGGUAUGUUUGAUACUGAAUUACUCUCCUGUUGACUGAUAUGUAUGACUUUGUCUUGUCGUGUCAUCAAUUUGCUUAUGAAAUUGAAAUUAAUAAAAUUGAUGAAAGGGUUUACCAAGGUUAAAUAUGACGUAGAAAAAACUUAUUCCAACUUUAUUCCAACGGUAUUUGGGAUUAAUUCUUACAUCGCUUAUAGUACUCGUUGUUAGAUAAUGGAACAAUGAAAAUUAAAUGAGGUUUAGUUGUACAAAUUGAAUCAUAUAAACUAUAGACGGAUUAUAUG